UUUAAACUACAAAAAACAAAUUAAUCGCCCCGACUGCGCCAGUCUAACCUUGCAUAUACACCAGGAUAUAUACACUGACAAAGAAAAUGAUGACGUUUACUAUUACUAUUUUAAAUCAACAGACUGUACGAGUGUAUGUUCUUAACUUAUUUUGGCAGUAUCUGUUCUGAAACACACAAACGGUUAUUCAAACACAAUUUUACCUUGGAAACAAACAUGUAUUUUUGAUUCUCGCCACGUCCUACCAGUUGCGGCGAUUAAUUAUUUUCCCGCUCGCACAUAGCGCCACCUGGAGUUCACCUUUGAGGCUCGGCAUUACAUUCAAAAUGGCGGACUGUAAAUUUUAAACCGAUUGAUUGGUGUUUGAGGGAGAAUUCUACCGACACUAUCGCGCUGCAAUAAGCAUCAUGCGUCUUCUGAAGCCCGCUUGGGUGUCACAUGAUGGUAAACCGAUAUUCUCGAUCGAUAUUCACCCUGAUGGAUCUAGGUUUGUGACUGGGGGGCAAGGUGAUGAUUCUGGCAAGGUAGCCAUCUGGAAUAUUGCACCAGUGAAAAAUGAAAAAGUAGAAAAGGAUGAGAAUGUGCCUAAAUUACUUUGUUCGAUGGACAAUCACCUUGCAUGUGUCAACUCUGUGAGGUGGUCCAUGAACGGAAAAUAUCUGGCAUCUGGUGGCGAUGAUAAACUUAUAAUGAUAUGGCAGUUCAUUGGCAGGUAUCCAGGCAGCUCCUCUACUUCAUUUGGUGGUAAAACCGUUAAUAUUGAACAGUGGAGAUGUGUGAGCACUCUUAGGGCGCAUUCAGGAGAUAUUUUAGAUUUAGCUUGGUCCCCUCAUGACGCUUGGCUAGCAUCGUGUAGCAUUGACAACACUGUUGUUAUAUGGAAUGCACACAAAUUUCCAGAGGUUUUAUCAGUAUUAAGAGGACACACAGGUCUAGUCAAAGGCAUUACCUGGGAUCCAGUCGGCAAGUAUGUGGCAUCACAGUCUGAUGAUAGAAGUCUGCGUGUCUGGAGAACAAUAGAUUGGCAGCAAGAAGCAUCAAUAACAAAACCAUUUGAUGAGUGUGGAGGUACUACCCAUGUUUUGAGGCUCAGCUGGUCUCCAGAUGGUAAUCACAUUGUAUCAGCUCAUGCUAUGAACAAUGCAGGACCAACUGCACAGAUCAUUGAGAGAAAUGGAUGGAAGGCAAAUAUGGACUUUGUUGGUCAUCGUAAGGCUAUCACAUGUGUGAGAUUCAAUCCGCACAUAUUCUCAAAAGUACUUAAAAAAGGAGGAAACGGUAAAAGUCAGCAGUAUUGCUGUUGUGCUAUUGGUAGUAGGGAUAGAUCAUUGUCUAUAUGGCUGACUGCCCUGAAGAGACCUUUAGUGAUCACACAUGAUUUAUUUAAUAACUCAGUACUAGACAUCUCAUGGAGUAAGAAUGGUUUUGAUUUGUUAGUUUGUUCUUGGGAUGGUACUGUAGCAUUCCUGUCCUUCACAGAGGAUGAACUUGGAAAACCCCUGGCAUCUGAGGAAAAGGCUAUGUUACAUAAAAAGUUAUAUGGCAGCAGCAUAUCAAUAAAUGACCCAAAUCACUAUGGCAACACAAUUAUUGAGACGCCGGCCAUGUUGAAAAUUCAGCAACAAAAAUUAGAUAAGCAGACUGAACAGAAGGCAAUGCAACAGAACAAUGUAACCACACCAAAAAAGAAUAUUCCCAUUAUGGUGGGUGAAGGGAAACCGAAUCCACUUGCAAAACAAAUAGAGACAAGGACACCAGAUGGCAGGCGGAGGAUAACCCCACUUUGUAUUGCACCACAGGUUGAUUUAGGUACUGUGCCUGAACCAUUCAGCAUUACAUCACCUUUUGGAUCACCUCAGCAAUCAACUGAACAAACUUGUGAUGCAUCUAGUAAUCCUCCAAGCAAGACAUUAGAAUCUGUCACGGCACUCCUGCCUUCAAUCACGCCGAUCUCUGCACUUGACUGCAGACUGACGGGCAAAGCUAAAACAAACAAGAUUAUUCACAAAGAUAAGGAGAAGGAUAAAGUAAAAGAAAAAACACCAGAUAAGGAAAAAGAAAAAGAGAAAUUGAAAGAAACGCCCAAAUCAAGAGAACCUAAAUCAUCUAGUACGACAUUAUCUUCGUCGAUAUCUGUAAAACGGAAAUCAGACACAACAACAGUGGGUAUCAAGAGACCGAGAAAAGACGCUGUGGUCAAAGCAGCAGCAGUAGCUGGCUCAUCAACAAUACCUACAACACCAGAUAGGGACAGUUCUAGGCAUGCUGUCUAUGUCACAUCAUCAUUACAACUGCCAACACCACAACCACAGAAGAAACUUUCACUUCAGAUACUUGGAAGAGCAAGUACUGAUCCUGUUAUGAAUAUAGAAUUGGAAAAUAAUAUCAACAUUGCAGGUAUGACUAUACAAAGAGUCAAGUGUGUGAAAGGGGAGCAGGUGACGUGGGAGGCUGUUCUCACAAGUAGAGGCUUAGCAAUGGCUGGUAACAGCAAUUUUGUAUGCAUUGCCUGUGAAGAUAAAAGUUUGUAUAUAAUUUCACCGAAUGGACGGCGUCUUCUUCCGGGCAUUAUUCUAUCUUCCACUGUUAGUGUGCUACAUUGUAGCGGACAUUUUGUUAUGAUAAUUAGUUCAGCAGGAAAUUUGCAUGUAUGGAAUGUUAAGAAAUGUCAAGCAGUGAUACGAAAUGAAAAUCUGGGAUCUGUCAUGCCAAGUAAAGAUGUGACAAUCUCCAGAACACUUCUAACAGAUCAGGGAUCUCCAAUAAUUACAUUAUCUACCGGUAGAACUUAUACAUUCAAUGCUGAUCUUCAUUGCUGUUCUGUAGCUUAUGGGGCCGCUAUCUAUCUUUUAAGUGAACAUAACGAGACUUGUUUAGUUAUGGCUAAAUCUAGAGUAGCACCAAUAAAUAGUCAACUUCUGACCUUGCCUAGACUUGAGUUGAUGGGAACGCUCAUCGCUACGAGAUUGUCGAAAUACGUGUCAGAAGCUCUCGAAACCAAAUUCUGCGUUACCGCGCACACACUCUGGUCGGAUAACCAGGCAGUUUUGCAUUGGUUACAUGGCAACGGAAAACAAGACAUAUUCACCAAAAACAGAGUUUCGGAAAUUUUGGAAUUUUCACAAAGUUUGAGAUAUGUCAACACCGCUGAUAAUCCCGCAGAUUUAGUCACGAGGGGAGUCCAACCCGAAACAUUAUCGAAUUCGGAUUUUUGGUGGUCAGGUCCAAGUUGGUUGUCAAAUCGUGAUAAAUGGCCUGGAAAAAUCGAAUUUGGUAAAAUCAUCGUGAAUAAUGACUCAGAGUCAGAAGUGAGAAAAUCCAAAAUUGAAAAUAAUAUUUCGACCCCAAAAGUGUCCGAGAAAUGUGCCCAGUGUCCGACCACUGGUACGAGUGACAUCGUUAGCGAUCGACCGCUACUUUGUACGCCCCCAAGUCAAUCCAGAGGACAUGUCAAUUCGGAGAACGAAAUUAGUCCUCAUUUCCAUAAAUCAGCAGAAGAUUUCAUAAAAACUGCUGAAACAGUGUCAGGAGAUAUCAUCGAUACAAACCGCGAACCUCCUGAGCUACAAAACUCCAAAAUUAAUGAUCAGAUCGUUUCGUUACAUGUCGCCUCUGAAUCUGACAAUUUACUCGGCCACCAUUUUGAACUUCACAAUGAGCCAAACAUCGCACCGAAGGAGAUUAUUCACGCAACUGAAUCAAACUCAGAACCUAGUCUUGAAAAAGAUUAUCGAUAUUCGCCGUUUCAACGAUCUACAUCGUCUGAGAUAUACGACGCGGAACACGCUUGGUUGACAUCGAUUCAGUCAACACAUUUCGGAGACGUUGUCAGUUCUAUUCGGAGACAACAAUUUAGACAUGGCGUACUUCAAAAACAACUUAAACUAUUUCUUGACGAUAAGUCAAUACUGCGAAUUGGUGGUCGGCUUCAGAAUACCGACUUUCCUUUCGAAACCAUGCAUCCAAUACUCCUUCCUGGUAAACAUCGGUUUACUACGCUCAUAAUUCUUGAUGCUCAUCAUUUAUUAAACCACGGUGGGCCGUUAACCACAGUUAACAAAAUUCGGGAAAAAUAUUGGAUCACCGCGAUUCGCAGACAUGUGAAUUCUACAUUGAGAUCUUGUGUCGUUUGUAAGAAGGUCGAUGGAACUCCAUUUCCCCUUCCUACUCAAGCUCCACUUCCUGAUUUUCGAGUGAAGGAAGCAGUCCCAUUCGAAUUCUGCGGAACAGAUUACACGGGACAUUUGUUCGUUAGGGACCAACACACUGGUCUUUCUAGUAAAGUUUAUGUACUAAUUUUUACGUGCGCCUCAACUCGAUGUAUUCACUUAGAAUUAACUCAAGAUUUGACCGCCGCAUCAUUCAUUUUGGCUAUGCGACGUUUCACUGCUCGACGGUCAACGCCCCGGAAAAUGAUCUCAGAUAACGGUUCCACAUUUAUAGCCGCCGCUAAGAUUUUGAAAGGACUCGACUCGAGUCCAGUCCUGAGAUCUAAACAAGCAUCACGAAUGCACCAAAUGAAUCCACAUUUACAACAAGCUGCUACGUUGAGUCAUCUUGAGAAUCAACUUGCUGCUGCCCUCACAGUCAAGUCCAGUAAAGAAUACAGAUUUUGGUUGCUAACAUAUGCCAGGUAUUUAGCACAAGAAGGUGUUGAAAACAGAUUACGUGAAAUAUGUGAUGAUCUUCUUGGCCCGUUUUAUAGAGGGGAUGUUGAAGACAGUAAAUGGGAUUCCAAUGUUCUGGGAAUGUCAAAGCGAGAUAUUCUGCAGGAUAUCCUACCUAUAGUCGGUUCUAAUAUCCGAUUUCAGCGUGUGUAUAUGGAAUAUCAAGAACAGUUAGAAAUGACACGAAAAUAAAAGAAUUAUACUGGAAUAUCACGAAUAAUUGUGAGUGACACAAACGUGAAGUCAUCAAUGUGGAAGCAGUAAAAGUAACUUUCAUGGAACAUUGGGAACGAUUGGAAACAAUACAGAACUUGGAGGCAAUUGUCUCGAUGUCUAACUCUAAUGCCUUGAUCAAAAUAGUCAAAUAUUUUCUGAAAAAUGUCAAAUACCAAUAGUUUUAAGGCAUUUUUACAGAUAUUGGUUUGAAAUUGCAUGUCCUUCAUAUAACAAAGUUCAAGCUCCGCAUAAGCAAUUGUGCUGUUAGUGGAGACAAUUUGGUACAAACAAACACACAAACGUGGAACUGUUGAAAGGAAUAUGGUAUCAAUUAUAUGCAACAAUUGUAAAUAUGUUAUAAAUAUUUUAUUCACAAUUUAAUCUUUACCCCAGUAUUCAUUUUAUUCU